AUGUCCCGACGUUAUGAUUCCAGAACAACAACAUUUUCUCCUGAUGGUCGUCUUUAUCAGGUAGAAUAUGCUCUAGAAGCUAUUAAUAAAGCAGCCCCAACAAUUGGAAUCCUUUGUAAAGAUGGAGUGAUUUUAGCUGCUGAUAAGGCUGUAGUUUCCAAAUUAUUAGAUCCUGGAAGGACAUUAGAAAAAUUAUAUACUAUAGAUAAUCAUAUUAUUUGUGCUGUAGCAGGUCUCACAGCUGAUGCAAAUAUAUUAAUUUCUCAAGCUCGUAUAGAUGCACAAAGAUACCAAUAUACAUAUGGUGAACGACAACCAGUAGAACAAUUAGUUAUUCAAAUAUGUGAUAGAAAACAAAGUUAUACUCAAUUUGGUGGUUUGAGACCUUUUGGAGUUUCUUUUCUUUUUGCUGGAUAUGAUCAUUAUCAUGGAUAUCAAUUAUACCAAUCAGAUCCUUCUGGUAAUUAUUCUGGCUGGAUGGCUACUGCUAUUGGACAAAAUAAUCAAACUGCCACAUCUAUGCUUAAACAAGAAUGGAAAAAUGAUUUGUCAGUUGAUGAAGGUUUAUUAUUGAUUGCAAAAGUUUUAACUAAAACAAUGGAUACAACUUCACCAUCUGCUAAUAAACUUGAGUUUUCAAUAUUGAAACAUGAUGAUAAAUUUGGAUGUAUUCAAAAAAUUCUUUCACAUGAUGAAAUUCAAGCUAUACUUAAUAAAGUCCAGGUUGAGAACUCAUCUGAAAAUACCAAUAAUUAA